AUGCCGUCAUCUGCCUGUGAUGCUCAACACUUUCCUGGUCUUCUCCAUCACUGGAGAAGUGAGCUACUUGGUCUUGAUGGAAGCUCCGUUGGAGACAAGCUUGAAAAAAACUGUGUGACCAGCCCCAGUAUAAAAGGAGUUUUUUUGGGAGAAGGCAUGGCGCAGGGUUGGAGAUAUUGUUAUACAUGUGAGGCCCACACACCUCCACGCUGUUCCCAUUGUUAUGACUGCAAGGUGUGUGUUCUUCGACGUGACCACCACUGCGUCUUCUUCGGCCAAUGUGUGGGCUUCCGAAACUACCGCUACUUCCUGAGCUGCCUGCUUUUUAUGUGGUUAGGCCUGCUGUACGCCACCCUGAUGAACGCAGAAGUCUUCAUUGUCAUACUGAAGGAAGGAGUGACAUUGCACAGUGUCCUGCUGCUCUUAAUACCCUGGAUAAUGCUGGUAUCUGGACAAGUCUCUGCAAGAGCGUUUGCUUUUGCCUUUAUUGCUGAUACAUGUGUGGUGGGCUUCUUGCUGAACAUGGAUAUAGAAGAAGAAAGCAUGAGCGUGCAGGAAAUGAUGGAGAGAAUAGCGCAGCUUGACCACAGUAAGAGUUUACUGAAGGAGCAGAACACGGAGAUGAGGAGCUGGCUGGAUGCGGCGGAUGAAGACAUGGCCACUCUUCGAACUGAAAACAAUUCCCUCAGGAAACAAGUAAAAGACCUUGAGAAAAUGGUCAGUGAUGCCCUGCGUGCUAAAUCAGAACCCAUUCAAGCUCAACCUGAUCAUCUUCAUUUGAAAAUUAGAAAUGAAAUGCAAAUUCAGAAAUUGGAGAAGGAAUCUGCCUUCCAUGCAGAGGAAAAUAAAACGCUUGCAGCUGAGGUACGGAGCUUACAGCAGCUACAAGAACAGGACAAUGAGAACUUAAGCAUGUUAAAAGGUUCACUUCAAAACCUUGAGUUUGAACUUCAGGAUGCUCAGUUAGAGCUACAGGAAAGAGAUGAAGCCAUUCAACAGAAAGAUCAGGCGUUAAAGCAUGCAGAGGAAAUGGUGGCAGAGUGUUCAUCCAUUAUAAAGGAUCUCCGUCUAAAAAACCAGCAGUUAAAAGAGGAACUUGAAGUCGAGAAAGAUGAACUUUCAUAUGCUAUUGCCUUUGACCUUCUGGAAGCAAAGGAGAAGAAUAGCAUUCCUGCCCUGUCCUUUGCUGAGGAGCUGAGGCUUCUGGAUCCCUCCAUUCAUGCCAACAGUGGUUCAUACGGCACACAGACAGAUGAUGAGGUAAUGUCUGAGAAAGUCCAACAGACAAGUUGUUUAGUGAAAUGCACUGAGAGUGUGAAAGAUAAGGAUCCCAGUGAGUUAUUUACAUCCAUGCCAUGUACGGAGGAAGUGAAGCUCCAGGCUGUUCCUAUUGUAGAGUCAUCAAAGUGUGUGGGGGGCCUGAUGGCUGUGUCUCAGAAAGUACUGCAUUUACUGUGGACCCUUUUCCUCUUCUUUGCAUUGGUCUUCAUAAUGACACGUGAGAAGGGACAUGUUAUGAAUCGAAGAGCCGCUUUGGUUGGGGCAAUGGGGGCGCCGACAAGACCGAAGCGAACAGGUCUAUUUAUCCGUUUUUGCGUCUGCGGACUCGUUCUCCUCACAGCCGCCGUAACCCUGGAUCUUACAGGGGAGGCUGUGCGUAAUGAUAACGAAGAUGUCAUCUGGACCAAAAGAGAGCUUCACCAAGAGAAAGAUGCCAGUAACAAAACUCCAAUGGGGACAUCUAAAUCUCCUCUUACAGAGUUUCCAGAUGACGUUUUUACUCUGGAGCAGCGCAGACAUGGAGCUGUAAUUCUUCACGUUCUGUGUGCUAUCUACAUGUUUCAUGCUCUGGCCAUAGUGUGUGACAUUUACUUUGUGCCAUCUUUGGAAAAAAUAUCAGUGAAUCUAAAUCUUAGUGAAGAUGUUGCGGGGGCGACCUUCAUGGCGGCAGGGAGCUCCGCCCCCGAGCUUUUUACCUCAUUGAUUGGAGUCUUUAUCACAAAAGGAGAUGUUGGUGUUGGGACAAUUGUUGGCUCUGCAGUUUUUAAUGUCCUGGUGAUCAUCGGCCUCUGUGGCAUCUUUGCUGGACAGCCAAUUCCUCUAAGUUGGUGGCCUUUAUUUCGAGAUUCUUCCUUCUACAUUUUGUCCAUAAUCAUGCUCAUCUUGGUGAUCUAUGAUGAAAAGGUUCUGUGGUGGGAAACAAUUAUUCUGAUUUCUAUGUAUGGAAUUUACAUAAUAAUCAUGAAGUUCAACAGGUCGCUGUGUAAUUUGGUGGAGAAUCACUGCAGUUUGGGCCAACCUUGUCUCAGCAGCCUGAGACGAACCACUGCAGUUGGAAAUAUCGGAGAUUGUGACAAUGAUAUGGUGCCACUAAAGCAAGACUCAGGUGCUGUGGCCAGCCAGGACACAGGGGUGGUCAUGGUGGAUGAGCUUUUGAACCUGCACCCUCACCAGCUCUCUUUUUCAGAGGCAAGCCUUCGUCUUCUCAUCACCCCGCAUUUUCCCCCCUUCACCCGCCUGCGUAUGGCAGGACGCAUGAUCAUCAGCGAGCGACAGAGGUUGAUUCAGGCUCGAGGUGAAGAAGGAGCAGCAGGUAAAGAGACAGAAAGAGAGAAUGGGACGGUGACUGACCGGGAACGUCAAACUCUUGAGAGUGAAAGCGUCAAAGAAGAAAGUGCAGCUGUACAAGGAGCCGCUGAAAUAAAAGAGGAAGAUGAAGACGAGCAGGAGGGAGAGGAUGAAGAUUCUUCUCUUAAUCCAUUCUGUUUACCUAAAGGCUGGUGUGAGCGGGUGAGGUGGCUGGUGUCCUGGCCAGUGAGUUUAUUGCUGUACUUCACUGUUCCAAACUGCAACAAGUCACGCUGGGAGCGCUGGUACCUGCUUACCUUUUUGUCCUCUACUCUGUGGAUAGCCAUAUUUUCCUACCUCAUGGUCUGGAUGGUGACCAUCAUCAGUUACACAUUAGGCAUUCCUGAAGUCCUCAUGGGCAUCACCUUUUUGGCAGCUGGUACCAGCGUGCCUGACUGCAUGGCGAGCUUAAUUGUUGCAAAACAAGGUAUGGGGGACAUGGCUGUCUCAAACUCCAUAGGCAGUAACAUCUUUGAUGUGCUGCUUGGACUGGGUUUCCCCUGGGCACUGAUAACUCUCAUUGUCAGCUACGGAUCUGUGGUGAAAAUUAACAGCAAAGGGCUGGUUUACUCUGUGAUACUGCUGCUGGCCUCUGUCACACUCACCGUCCUGUGUGUUCAUUUAAACCACUGGAAACUGGACCGAAGACUUGGACUCUGUCUGAUGUUGCUCUAUGCCAUCUUCCUUCUUUGCUCGAUUGCCUUUGAAAGGAUGUAA